ACCGCUGGCCCAGUGUUCAUACACAUUCUUCUCAUCGCUCUGUGUAAUCUGACAGAUAAAGUGAUAAGUCAUAAGUGCUAAGUCAAGUUGGCUUAUGAUUUCAUUAAACACGUCCACACUCUUGUCAGUGACUGUUCGAACCAGGAGGAUGAAGCUUGCCAUCGUGAUCGGUGUGGUCAUCUACGUAGUGACCUGUGUCCAGUGCAGACGUGGAUGCCUCGACUUGAAGUUGGAACAACGGGCCAACUCUACUGGUGUUAAAACUUAUCCCAGACCAUGGGAAGACUCAAAGAUAAUGGCGUCGUUGCCGACAGCGUGGGACUGGAGAAACGUUAGUGGACGGAACUUUGUGAGCACCACAAGGAACCAGCAUAUACCACAAUACUGUGGGUCCUGCUGGUGUAUGGCGGCCACCAGCGCUCUCGCUGACAGAUUAAACAUUGCUAGGAAAGGUGCCUGGCCAUCGGCUUAUCUUUCAGCUCAGCACGUCAUUGACUGUGCCAAUGCUGGAAGUUGCGAGGGAGGAUCUGAUAACCUCGUCUGGGAGUACGCUCACAAGCAUGGUAUCCCUGACGAGACGUGCAACAAUUAUCAGGCCAAAGAUCAAGAAUGUACUGACUUCAACCAAUGUGGGACCUGUACAACUUUCGGCAAAUGUAACAAUGUGGCCACUUACAAAUUGACCAAAGUCGGAGACUACGGAAGUGUCGAAGGGAGGGACAAAAUCAUGGCAGAGGUGUAUGCCAACGGACCGGUUAGUUGUGGUAUUGAUGCAACAGAAGGACUGGAGAAAUACACUGGCGGUAUUUAUCAAGAAUACAAGCCAUUGGCCAUGGAGAAUCACGUAGUCAGUAUUGGAGGCUGGGGUGUUGAGAAUGGCAUCGAGUUCUGGAUUGUGCGAAACUCCUGGGGUGACCCAUGGGGUGAAGAUGGCUGGUUCAGGAUUGUCACGAGCACAUUCAAAGGAGGUAAAGGCAAAGAAUACAACCUUGGCAUUGAGGACAGCUGUGCUUAUGGAGACGUUAUUGUUUAGCAGACGUUAUUGUUUAGCAGACGAGAUAUUAAAUUAAAACUAUUUUUAAAACAUG